CAACCCAACCCUGUUGUCAGAUUGAAUAUAGAGAGAAAACCGAGAAAACCUCUAAAAACAAUAAAUUUUACAAUCAAAUUUUCUUCCGAAUUUUCUUUUGAAAAGUAAUUGUCAUUUGAAAAUAAUAAAUUACUAUUUCGCCGAUAUGCUUAUAAAUAAAACUUGCUCGUAUACAUCGAAUGGUGCUAAACAAUUUUUAAGAUCUUCAAAUUGGAGUAAAUAUGAAUUGGCGAAGAAAAUUCGUUUACCUGUAAAUCAAAACAUUAUGGUUCUGUCUCAUUGUAGUAAUUCAAAUUCCGAUUCGAAACCUGCACUAUUUACAAAUAAUUUAGUGCAUGGAAAAACAGAGGGUUUAUCAACGUCAAAUCUAUUGCAACAAUAUCGUAUGGGAAGUUCAAGUUCAGAUCACGUUAAAUUAUGGCAAAUGGAAAGAAUAACAUCGGCGGCAUUGCCAAUAAUUUUACCAGCCGCCCUUAUCUUGGAAAAUCCUCUUCUUGACGGUUUACUUGCUGCUCUUGUGGUCGUUCACACACACUGGGGAUUAGAGGCAAUUGUAGUAGAUUACGCAAGACCAAUUGUUAUGGGUACAGUUCUACCAAAAGUUUUACAUAUAUUAUUGAACUUUCUCUCAGUUGUGACACUUGCGGGUUUACUAGUACUCAUUUACAAUGGACCGGGAAUAUCUAAAACAGUGAAAAAUGUCUGGAACAUUGGUAAAGAAGAGGUAGCACAAAAAUAAGUUAAUCACAGUUAAUUCGGUUUAUUAUAUAUUAAUAUAAUAAGUAAUUAUAAAUCCCUUUGCAAAAUUGAAACGUAGAAAAACAACCGUUAAUAAUAUUGAAUUGAAAUUAUUGAAAACAUUUUGUGAAAAUAUUAAAAUUGAUAUUUAGAAAAAAAAUAAAUUGUUGCAUUCUCAUAUA